UCAAUGCUGGCUGGGGAUCCUUCUGCGUGGGAUCACGCCGUGUAAAUGCCCUAAAUGAAUACAGUAGAAGGAGCGCCCGGAACAGCUAGUGUGAUGCAUCUCUACAAGAGGAAUGUCACUGGUUUAAGAUGGGUAAUAAGCAGACGAUAUUUACUGAUGAACAACUAGACGCCUACCAGGACUGCACCUUUUUUACCCGCAAAGAAAUCCUUCGGUUGCAUGGCAGAUACCAUGAGAUGGCUCCUCACAUAGUGCCAAUGGAUUACACCAAGGAGCCAGACGUCACAAUUCCAAUUCAACUCAUAAUAAAUAUGCCGGAGCUAAAGGAGAAUCCAUUCAAGGAACAAAUAGUGAAGACUUUUUCUGAAGAUGGUGAAGGGAACCUGAGCUUCAAUGACUUUGUAGAUAUGUUUUCGGUGCUGAGUGAAAUGGCCCCUCGAGAGCUAAAGGCCAUUUAUGCCUUUAAAAUCUAUGAUUUCAACACGGACAAUUACAUCUGCAAAUCAGACCUAGAGAAGACCCUGAAUAAGCUGACCCGCGAGGAACUGGCUGUUGAAGAGGUCACACUGGUGUGUGAGAAAGCUAUUGAAGAGGCUGACCUGGAUGGCGAUGGCAAGCUGAAUUUUGCGGAUUUUGAGAAUAUGAUUGGCAGAGCACCGGACUUCCUCAGCACUUUUCACAUUCGGAUCUGAAAGGCAGAGAUUGGACUGGCAUACGAUAAGACAGGUGCACGUGAGAUCGGGGCUGGCAAACCUUGGUUGUUGCAACCUCUCAAACUGUUGUGCCCAGAUUGCAGAGUUGGUUGGAACAUGAGCCCACUCAGCUGAAGAGAAAGAGCAGCUGAACUCUCCUACUUGUGUUUGACUGAGCAACUGCGCAGGGGUCAGGCUAGAUUGCCGAUAAUUCAAGUUACCUGAUUGGAUGCUUGAAGCCUCUGUAAAAAGUGACAAUUAACCUCCAUGUUGAUAGCAACACUCUAGAACUUCAGGAGCUCUCUUGAAUUUACCACUGAUGGCAGUGACAGUGAAGGUGAUUCACUAAACAAAGCACAGCCAGAUUCCUAGGGCUAAAUCUUCUUUAUCUGUAUUUUCUAUCACAGUAGACAAUGGCGCAUCACCCUUUACCUGGGUUGCAAGGAAACCUUUCUAUAUCUCCACUGUUUUGUAAUUGCUUGCUGUAGAUGUUUCAGUUAUUAAUUUUCAUUCAAAGUUGUUUGUUAAUAAUGGACCUGACAAAAUCUCUUCUAAGUCUUUGCUUUUGGUGAUUCCUCUUUGCAGAAGCAUCAGCGAUAUGUAUGAUCCCAACUUUGCCUCCCAUCUCCACUCCCCCAUUCCUGCAAAGAACCUUGGCAGGAUACCUCAGUGGACCAGUUGCAGGAACACUGAGGUUUAUUGCUGUGACUGGGUCUGUGUUUACAAUGCUUAUCCAUCAGUGGUUGGAUCUUAGCUGGGUGGUGGGGCUACUGGUAAAACCCAGCACACUGCAGGUCCAGCAGAGGAUGGAGACCAUUGUGUUACCAGCUACACAAACCCAGUCAUUGACAAUGCAUGAAUGCAACCUUCUGCUUUCCCCAUUUUUUAAAAAAAAUUCUAGUAUCAGAGAGGUACUGGAGCACAAUGACAAUCAUGUGGCUGUAAUACAGUCUGUGGAAGGGCUCUGUUAAUACACUGUUCGGAUUCUUUCUCACUCUGAGGAUCGCCAAUUGGCAAUUACUGUUUUCGGUUUGAAUAUGCUCUUUGAUUUUCUUUCAUUUUUCUUGCAACUGAUUGUAAGAAAUUGAUAUGUACUGAUAUCUCUGUUCCAGGGUCUUUCCCUGUUGAAAACUUCUGGUUAUAUUUUGAAAAUAUGGCU